AUGGAUUGCAAAGUCAUCGAGCCAUCCGCGGCUGCAAAGCUCCUGGGCGCUAUCAAGCGAGCUAGGAAAAUCAACAUUACCCUAGGAGGACUACGACAGCUACACCCAGAACAGAUACGACAACUCUACGAAGCGGGUGUUACACCGACCCUCAACUAUGCAUCGAUGUGGCGGAGAUUAACUGGCUCCCGUAGUAGAAGUGUAACUAUCCCAAGAGACAGCAUAUCAGCGUUGCACGCCGUGCAGAAUCCAGAGACCAAGUCGGGUCAACAGAUCAUCUAUGCCAUUCUACAAGCGCCCAAGAACGCCAAGUCAUACGACAUUACGAUUCGCCUACAAUGGUUAACGGGGCAUCGUGAUGCAGCCAGCAAUGACGAAGCAGAUCAAUUGGCCUAUUUCCCCAAGAAGUACCGCCCCUUCGGUCCACAAGAAUCAAACAAUUCGAACCCCUACGCUGUUUACAGUGAAACUCUUUCAGUAAUCAGUAUGAACAUCAGGCAAUACUUUGAUAACUCCUCACCUUGCUGUACUUGA